AUGGCGUUGACUGCCGACGCGCUCGAGGCCAUUUCCUCCAUGGUGGAGCAGGCCAGUGAGGGCCGCAUGGUUCAGACGAUGGGGGCCUUGUUCACUUACCUCGAGGACAAGCAGCUGAUGCGGCGUCAGCGAGUGAGCCCUAGAUUCGUGCAUUGCCAUCCCGCAAAUCGCGACGGCUACGGCCUGAACGCUAUGGAUUGUCACUCUCUGCUGCGUGAUAUCUCCGCCUGCGGGUGGAAUUGGGCGCAAGUAGACGCCGUGGCGUGCGAGGUGCCGGGGUCAGGCCCCGCGCACGACUCCGUGCUGGAGUUCAACGUAGCGCAGCAGCUCGGCUCGGGCGGCCUCCUGCCGACAGUCGAGCCACACACCAUCAAACUGGCCUCGCUGAGUUGCAGCCACACCAACAUGGCCCUGCGGUUGAUCCUCGCUGAGAUGGCCCACGAGUCUGACUCGCUCUGUCUGAACGGGCGCCUCAACCUGGAGAGGGUGCGCCAACACGACGCGCAGCUGUACGAGGCCUCGCAGAGUGGCCUGCAGUGGAGAGUGAUUUGUGCAGACGUCAUGCAAGCGGUGCCUAAGUUGGCCAGCCUUGUCCAAGCGGCGCGAGCACGAGCUCCAGCUGGCCCGCCGCAUUUUGAACACGUGGCGGGAAGCGUCGGCUGGUAG